GGGAGGGGCGGGACUUCCUGCGCGGGUCGGAGCGCCGGAUCGGCUGGCUCUCGGUGGUCCCGGCUCGCUGGCGGCGGCGGCGGCGGCGUCUCCGUGCCGGAGGCGCACGGACCAUGACGUCAGCGUCCACAAAGGUCGGAGAGAUCUUCUCCGCGGCGGGUGCCGCCUUCACGAAGCUCGGGGAGCUGACGAUGCAGCUGCAUCCCGUGGCCGACUCUUCCCCCGCGGGUGCCAAGUGGACGGAGACGGAGAUAGAGAUGCUGAGGGCUGCUGUGAAGCGGUUUGGGGACGAUCUUAAUCACAUCAGCUGUGUCAUCAAGGAACGGACAGUGGCUCAGAUAAAGGCCACUGUGAAGCGCAAAGUAUAUGAAGACUCCGGGAUCCCCCUUCCAUCUGAGUCACCCAAGAAAGGGCUGAAGAAGGUGGCAUCAGGUGUCUUGUCGCCUCCUCCAGCUGCCCCUCCACCAAGCAGCUCCAGCGUCCCUGAGGCUGGGGGUCCCCCCAUAAAGAAACAGAAGGCUGAUGUGACCCUCAGUGCUCUGAACGACUCCGACGCCAACAGUGACCUGGUGGAUGUUGAAGGGCUAGGAGAAACUCCUCCAUCCAAGAAACUCAACUUCGACCAGGACAGCCUGACCCUGGAUUCUGGCCUUCUCGUGACCUCCGCUCAGCCGCCUCUGCUGUCUCGCUGAGCCUUCCACCCCUGACCCCUCUCACUGUUUACCCCGGACCUGUGGAUCGCCUGGGACUCUGGGCAAGGCCUGCCCGAGAGAGGGUCAAAGGACUGCUGGGGCUGCCCCCUUGCUGUUGCUGUAUAAGCAUCUGCCCCAAACCCUUUGAUGUGCAUCUGAUGGACAUUUUUAUACAGAAAAAAAUAAAGACUUCCCUCUCA